AUGGCGCCGCCGGAUGAUCGACCGACCAUUCGCCGUCGCGUUGUGGGCGGGAAACUGGGCCGGUUGCCCCACGCCUUUUACUCCGUGAUCCAGUCUGUGUUGGCCAUUCUCGUUCUCUACACUGAUGUUUUGUCGUGUCUACGAAAUGUGGCCGCUAUUGCGUCACAAGAACCUGCUGGGCCGUCAGUGAAAUCUAAAGUGCCAGGACCUGCAUCCAUGGCUCUUAAACAGAGAAUGGAUCCAUUGCAUCAAACCACAUCGGUACGACUGUUCGUCGACUAUGAGAAGUCCUUUGGAAACUACAUGGUUGAUGCAGAUGGAAACACCUUCCUGGAUGUCUACACGCAAAUUUCGUCGCUUCCACUCGGCUACAAUCAUCCUGAUCUGGUGAAUGCGGCCAGCAACCCCGAAUUUAUCACGUCACUGGUGUCACGGCCGGCCUUGGGUUCGUUUCCGCGUCAUGAUUUCCCAGAUAUUCUUGCAAAAGCGUUAACAUCAAUUGCGCCGAAAGGACUUCAGGCGGCUCAAACGAUGCUGUGUGGGACAUCUGCUAAUGAAAACGCCAUAAAAACGGCCUUCAUUUGGUACAUGACAAAUCGUCGCGGAGGAAAUCCACCCGAUGAGGCAGCGCUCACUAGUUGCAUGUUUCAGAAACAACCUGGCACACCAAGACUUUCCGUACUUGGUUUUCAGGGCGCUUUUCACGGGAGAUCGCUUUGCAUGUUGUCAGUAACGCGAAGUAAAGCCGUACACAAGGUAGAUAUUCCUGCUUUUGACUGGCCUAUCGCCAAGUUUCCACGUUAUAAGUAUCCGUUAGCAAGUAAUCAAACAUAUAACGAUGCUCAAGACAAGGAAUGUCUACAAGAUGUUCAGGAAAAGAUCGAUGAAUGGAAGAGAAAGGAUCAUGAUGUUGCAGCGAUAAUCGUGGAACCUAUACAGGCUGAGGGUGGCGACAACUACGGUAGCCCGGUUUUCUUCCAAAAGCUGCAAAAAAUCGCUGCUGAUAAAGGGAUCUGCUUUAUCGUACAAACUGGCGGAGGAGGGACGGGCGACAUGUGGGCGCAUAGCCAUUGGAACCUUUCCUCACCACCAGAUAUCGUCACAUUUUCGAAAAAGCUCAUCACCGGCGGUUAUUUUUACAAAGAAAAUCUCCGAAUCAAAGAGGCGUACCGGAUCUACAACACAUGGAUGGGUGAUCCAACGAAACUGUUCCUUCUUCUAAAGGUGAUUGAAGUGAUCAAGCGAGACGGUCUGAUAGAAAAGACCAGAUCGGUCGGAGAGGUGUUUCAAAAAGAGCUGACAAGAUUACAGUCCGUACACUCGUCGAAGCUGUCCCAGGCUCGUGGACUAGGAACAUUUGCCUCCGUCGAUUUUCCAACAGCAGCCCAGAGGGAUAAACUUGUUGAAAAGGCUAUUGCUCUCGGUCUUCAUUGUGGUGGAUGUGGUGAUAAGUCACUUCGUUUUCGACCAUCACUGGUAUUCGAGAAGAAGCACGUCGAAAUCACUUUUGAAUUGCUUGAUAAGGCCCUUAAACAAUUAUAG